GGAGGAAUCCUGUUAGGACCAGAUCGUUUUAAACAUAUCAACAAUUGUGCCAGAAAUAUACUAGUGGAAUACAACUAUACAAAUUCAGCUGUGCAUUCUGCGUCCCUCUAUAUAUCCCGUAUAUCCUGACAGGCAAGUGGCCAUUUGGAAGAGGCCUCUGCAAACUCUGGCUUGUUGUUGAUUAUCUAAUGUGCACAGCUUCAGUAUUUAACAUUGUCCUGAUAAGCUAUGAUCGGUUUCUGUCAGUUACUAAAGCUGUGUCUUACAGAACUAACCCAGGAAUGACAUCAAAAGCUAUUGCAAUGAUGGUGGCAAUUUGGGUGUUUGCAUUCUUACUCUAUGGCCCAGCAAUUAUCAUUUGGGAAUAUGUGGUUGGCUGCAGCAUUGUACCUGAUGACGAAUGUUAUGCUGAAUUUGUCUACAACUGGCAUCUUCUUUUGGGCACUUCAACCUUUGAGUUCUUAAUACCUUUAAUCUCAGUGGCCUACUUCAAUAUACAAAUCUUCCGCAGCAUCCAGAAUCGCCUGAGAAAAAUUCCCCAAGAGCUUUCUGAGUCUCCAAAGAGCAAGAGCCAAGUAUGGUGGCUUUGUUGCUUGUUGAAGGAAGAUGCAUCUUUUUCUGAUUCUGAAACAGAGAAGAGUUGUUCUACUUCAGGGUCACAGAGGCACUUGUCAACGUCUGACAGACCAAGACCAUCACACUUACAUUCCCAUCCCUCUGAAACUGAUUCUAUGGGACCUUUCAAAGUGAAGACUGGCCCCAAACUGCAAAGAGACAAAAAAAUUGCAAAGUCACUUGCCAUAAUUGUUUGCAUCUUUGUCCUUUGCUGGGCACCAUAUUCAUUGCUCAUGAUUAUUUUUGCAACCUGCAAUGGAAAUUGCAUCAACAAAUACUUGUAUGAAAUUUCAUUUUGGCUUUUGUGGCUCAAUUCUUCUGUGAAUCCUUUUCUCUAUCCUCUCUGUCAUAUUAAGUUUCGGAAUGCUUUCAGAAAAAUAUUGUGCCCCUAUAAGCAUGCAGUAUCAUCGCCACGGCAAUCAGUUUCUUUUUAAGAAGCAAAACUAAAAGAUUAAUAGAAGCUCCCCUGUUUGAUGUUAGUUAAACUUGUAUUAUCUCCGGUAAUACUGUAGAUCCAUAUUUUUAUUGAGGGCAUUAGUUAAUACAAUAAAUGUGUGAAUUUGCCACGAGUUCAGUAAUUUUCAGGACACCAAUUACAAUGUACUUCCUACACAAUGAAAAUUACUUGUAUUUUUGUAAUAGGUCAGAAUGAUCAUAAAUUUCUCGGACUGAUCCAGUUUCCAAAAUGUUAGUGGUUUCAGUUAUGAAUUUCAAAGAUCUGGUACUAAAUUUAUCAGUGAUCAGACAUAACUCCUUUGAAUUCAAUGUAGGUUCUUCCUUUUAUACUGACAAUUAAAUAGAGGUUGGUAAAUCAGUAUGAAAGCAAGAAGCAAACAUCAGAUGUGGAAUACAGUGUAUUUCCAUGUGAUUUUGUACAUUUUUAUUUAGUGCAAAGUUAUGCCAUGUAUUAUUAUAACAUUAUUACAUAAUCUUUUUAAAAGGCUCUUCGAGCUUCUAGGCUUCUCCACAAAGAAACCUCAGGACUGGUUUGAUGAGAGUAAUAAGGAAAUUUAAGCUCUCAUUAACAGAAAAAGUCUCCUUUUUCUGCUUUCCACUUUCAGAGUUUGGCAGAAUGACAUCAACUCCAAACAGAAGCAAGACACUUGCUGCCACAUUUAAAGCUGAUACCCACAGUAAAAUCUGAGAGCAAAUGAACAAAUGGUGGGAGGACAAAGCAAAAGAGCUGCAAAAGUUUGCAGACAGCCACAAUAUGUGUAGUUUCUUCAGUGUGACCAAAGCUGUCUAUGGGCCAAGCACACAAAGGGACUUCCCUGUGAGUUCUGAGGAUGGAACAACACUAUGUAAAGAGAGCUCCACCAUCAAUGCACAGUGGAAAGAACAUGUUCAAGAGGUUCUGAACUGAUCUUCUAAUGUCAAAGAUAAGACCACCAAAGCCAUUCCACAGCACCCAAUUAAGGACAACCUUGCAGAUUCACCAGGCUAUCAAGAGGCCUUGAAAGCCAAUGAGCAGGCUGUCAUUCUUGAAUCAAAGGAUUGCUGCUGCCCAGGAGCUGCUGCUGCUGCCACUCCUGCUUAGUAAUGGAUGUUGAUUGUCCAUUGGGAUAUCCCUAUUAAGAGCAUUAUGAUAUGAAGCCUUGUACCUAUCCAAUAUAUAUAGUACUCGAGUUGCUGGAAAUAUUUAAAGCAGACCGCCAGACUGGUGGACCAGAAGGUCCUGCUAAGUGGUGUGUAGAUUUCUCUAGACUUUCCCUUUUCAAUUAAAAUUUGAAGAUGAGAAUGCAUAGUGGCUUAUACCUAAUUUUAAGAGAUGACAGUAGUCUUCUGGUCUAAAAUGGUUGGAAACCACUGAUCUAAAGCAUAGCAGAGAAUAAAACAUAAGCAUGUAUUAUAA